UAACUGAAAUAAGAAUUACGAAUGAUACGAUUAUGUGUUAUAAUCGUGAAGGUGAACCCAUUCUCUUUGAAUUCUCUCAAGAGAUUACCACCAUUUCAUUAGAACAAGCCCGGAUGUCAUUGUAUUUAAAUAACUUAAAAAGAAUUGAUAUUCCUACCAGGUCUCUCGAAGAAGUCUCCCUUCUUCAAUGUUAUUAUCUUUUGGGAGAAUGGUUGGAAGCUCAAUUUGGAGUUCAGCUGCUAGAACCUUCACGUGUAUAUCAAUUGUAUCAUACCCGGGGUACUCAUAACCUUCUUACUGUUCAAAAUAUUACUGCCAAUGCUUUAUUACGAUUGUCUGACGAAAAUUUUAAAGCAUUGAUAGAAGAGGCACGAUUACUUAGAGCAGCUGAA